AUGGCCAAAUUCAACGUCGCCGUAUUUGUGGUCUUGUCAUCACGUCGCCGCGCGUGGCUCCCGCAGUUCUCGACAGGGCCGUGUCCUGUGCGCGUUUCAACAGGCGUGGCUCCGUUGCGGUUUUGCAGUUGGAAGCCGACUCUCUCGUGUGAUAGUUCAACGCGUGGACUGAAAGAUCGAUUCACUUGCACAGCUGUGUUUGUGGCCUUGGAAAAGUCCAUCGCCCGUGACGUUCACUUCGUAUUGUGGCAACCCAUUGCUUUGAUCGACGACUGUGUGAUGUCGAAAAGUACGCAACAACACAAUGCUCAUCUCUCGCUGCGGCAUCUGCUGCACUUUGAGUUUCAUGGGCAUAAGCCGACGAGAAGUCGGAAGCUGUCUCUGCCUCCGAUUUUCUUCAGCAACAGCGCCAGGAGACACUCUGCUUUCCCGUCGUCCGAACGCCGAGGCUCCUUGGGAUCGUCGGAUGACCGCCACACUGCAAUCCUGUUUCGUGAUGCCCGCGGCGCGCCAGGAGACACUCUGCUUUCCCGUCGUCCGAACGCCGAGGCUCCUUGGGAUCGUCGGAUGACCGCCACACUGCAAUCCUGUUUCGUGAUGCCCGCGGCGUGA